AUGGUCUCCCCUGAACGACUGAAGGAGAUACGGGUCCCCCUAUCGGACCAAUACGCCUACAAGAAGCGCAGACUACGCGUUGCCACGAUCGGAGCUGGCUUCUCGGGCUUGAUAUUCGCCCACAAGAUUCAGCAUGAAGAGCCGGAGUUACAGGAGUUCGUCGAUCAUGUCAUCUUUGAAGCCAACGAUGAUGUCGGUGGAACGUGGAAGGUCAACACGUACCCGGGCGUGCAGUGCGACGUGCCAGCGCAUAUCUACGCAUUUCCUUUCGAUCCGAAUCCCGACUGGUCCAAAUUCUAUGCCGAUGGCCCGGAGAUUCUGGAGUACGUGCAGAGGACGGUCGAUAAGUGGAAUCUAAGGCGGGACAUUCAAUUCAACACUCGAGUGAUUGCCCUCAAUUGGCUGGAGAAGGAAGGAAAAUGGAAGAUCCGUGUCCGGAAGGAUGGGCAGGAAGAAAGGGACGAGUUUGCUGAUGUCCUCGUUUCAGCGCAGGGGUUCCUCAGCCAAUGGAAAUGGCCAGAUAUACCUGGUCUCCAGACCUUCAAGGGCCACAAGGUGCAUUCGGCCGCAUGGGACCAUUCCUAUGACUACUCCCACAAAAAGAUUGGAAUCAUUGGCAACGGAUCAUCUGCCAUCCAAAUCCUGCCUCAAAUGGCCAAAUUGCCCGGCACGCAGGUGGUGAGCUUCCAGAGGGGGGCCACUUGGAUCACGCAGAGUCUGGGCGAAGCGCUCGGUGUCGGCGAGGUGGGAAGCAGGUUCAACCCCAGAUACACGAGGAGCGACAAGAGGAGGUUUCGGAAUCCGGAGAAGCACAAGGCCUAUCGCAAGAUGUUGCAGCAUGGGAUGAACAAAGGAUUCAGGCUGUUCCGCAAAGGCUCCGUCCAAAACGCCAAAGCCUCCGAGGCCACCAUCGAACGGAUGCGCGUCGCGUUAAACAACAACCCGGACCUCUGCGAGAAACUCAUCCCGAACUGGACGCUCGGCUGUCGACGCCUGACCCCCGGCGAAGGCUACCUCGAGUCCUUUUUACUGCCCACGGUGUCGCUGGAGAAAUCGCCCAUCGCACGAAUCACCGAGACAGGCAUCGAGACAGAGUCCGGCGCGCACUACGACGACCUGGACGUGAUCGUGUGCGCCACGGGCUUCGACGUCUCCCACAUCCCGCACUACCCAGUAACAGGACGCAACGGCGUGACGCUCGCACAGAAAUGGGCAGACGAGCCCGAGAGCUACCUAAGCGUAGCGUGCCCGGAUUUCCCCAACUAUUUCCUCUUCACCGGCCCCAACGCGACCGUCGGCCACGGAACGCUAGUCACAUCCCUGACCUGGACGACCGCGUACAUCACCAAGUGGCUACACAAGAUUGCGGGCGAGGACAUCCACUCGGCCGCGCCGCGCCAGGACGCCGUCGACGAAUUCGUCACCUACGGCGACGAGAUCCAAAACACUCUCACCUGGACGAGCGGCUGCAAGAGCUGGUACAAGAAGCACCGCGUCGACGGCCGCGUCACCGCCACAUGGCCGGGGAGCGCCCUGCUCUACCGCGAGGUCAUCCUGCGCGAGAUCCGCGGCGAGGAUUGGGAUAUACGCUACCGCGGAAGGAAUCGAUGGCGUGCGAUCCUGGGGAAUGGAUUUACCAGGCUCGAAACUGAGGCGGAGGAGAAGGAGAAGCAGGGCGAGGUGGUGGAUUUGGCGUUCUAUAUUAAUUCCUGA